AUGGCGGUCACCACGGUGGCGACGGCAGCCCAGCUGGCAUUGUACGUCCAUGGGCUCGUCACGAAGAUCACCAAGGCGGCGGAGACAGUGAAGCAGAACAAGCUAGAGUGCGACCACCUCGCGCGGCGCGUGUCCGUGAUCGGCAAGCUGCUGCCCCACCUGCAGCUGCAGGACCCGGAGGUGGCGCAGCCGCUGGCCGGGCUGGGCGACACGCUCCGGGAGGCGCACGAUCUCAUCGUCGCUUGCCAGAAAUGGAGCGCGAGCAGGAAAUUCUUGUACGCCGGCGUCCAGGCCGAGAAGUUCAGGGAAGCCAACGGCAGGAUUGACUCCCACCUCAUCCUCAUCCCUUUGCUCAGCCACAUCUCCAUUACCCGCCGCCUCGAUCAAAUCAUUCCUCCUCCUACUCCUACCACUACCAGAGUUCUUCUACCUAUAGCCGCAACUGCAUCUGAUACGGUGCCAUUGCCGGAGGUGCAGGAGUUCACGUCAGCGGAGAUCACAAUCUUGACCGGAAACUUCCUCCACGUGCUCAGUGAGGACAGCUCCAUGACGGUGUACAAGGGCCGUCUUCACGAUGGCCUGGAGGUGGCAGUCAAGUGCCUGAAGAACUACGGGCGACAACGGCACGAACAAGAGGGUGCGUUCGUGGCGGAGCUCGAGAUCCUCCCCCGCCUCCGUCACGACCACAUCGUGGGCCUCGUGGGCUGGUGUUCGGAGGACGACGAUCGCAUGUUCGUGUACCAGUAUCAGCACACUAGCAACGGCACGCUCAGGGACCACCUGACGCUGGGCGGAGGCCGCCGUUCUGCCUCUGCGUCGCCGGUGACGUCGUCCUGGAAGGUGCGCGUCCAGGCACUGCUGGGGGCGUCCAGAGCCAUCGACCACCUGCACCGCGUGUCCACUCCGCAGAUCAUCCACCGCAACGUCAGCUCGUCCAGCAUCCUCCUGGACGAGAGCUGGGCGGCCCGCGUGUCCGGCUUCGGCGCCGCUGUUUUGCAAGCGGCGUCGAAGGGCGAGCUACAUGGUCAGCUCGUUGGGGAGGUCGUCGGCCACUUUGGGUACAUCGACCCGGAGUACCGCCGCACGCACCGUGUGACUCCGGCGAGCGACGUGUACAGCUUCGGCGUGGUGAUGCUGGAGGUGCUGACCGGGAGGCCGCCUAGCUGGGAGGAGGCGCAGACUUUGGUUGGAUUUGCUGUCCCGUUCAUCGAAGGUGGGAAGCUGGGGCCUUUGCUGGACAGGCGCCCGUCGUCAGAGCCGACGUCGGGGCAGUUCCAGGCGCUGGAGCUUGUGGCGUACACUGCCGCACGCUGUUUGUGGCGCCAGGACCGGCCCGCCAUGUCAGACGUGGUGACCAACCUCGAUAUGGCGCUCGGGCUCAUAGAGCGUGAUAACUCUAAGCUGUACACUAUUGAAGCCGAGGCCGCAGCCAAGAUUGAUGAGAGGGCUACCAAAGCCGACUUCUCCAAGAUCAAAGUCCAAGAGUCUGUAGAAUCAGACGAGGACUCUUGGGGAGAAUAUCAGAUGGUACCAUCACUUACAUGCUCGUAUGAUACCAAUUUCAAAAGUCCGAUUUAA